AUGACAAAAAUAAUUGGCAACUUUGCCGCCGAAGGCAUCUCCUAUUACACACCAGCGCAAGACCCCCCAGCAGGCACGCAAUUAGAGGGAUCAACCAAGCUGUUCACCCCUCUUACCAUCCGCGGUCUGACGCUUCCAAACCGUCUGUUCCUUGCUCCUCUUUGCCAGUACUCUGCCAAUGCCAACGAUGGCAAGGUCACCGAUUGGCAUCUGACACACAUGGGCGGAAUUCUCCAGCGCGGCCCGGGAUUGGCAAUUAUGGAAUCCACGGCCGUGCAGAAAAUGGGUCGUACCACGCCUCACGAUCUUGGUCUCUACGAAGAUGGUCAGAUUGAGCCAUUCAAGCGGAUCACCGAGUUUUCCCACAGCCAGAGUCAGAAGAUCGCUAUUCAAUUAUCUCACGCCGGUCGAAAGGCUAGUGGCGUUGCUCCCUGGUUGAGUCUCAAUGCUAUGGCUGCUAAGGAAGUCGGCGGGUGGGAUGAGAUCGUUGCACCGUCCGCAAUCGCCUUUGAGGAAGGAGUCAACACCAUUCCCAAGGCUCUUACUUUGGAGGAUGUCCAGGUCUUGAUCAAAGAUUUCGCGGAGGCUGCGAAAAGGGCCGUAAAGGCUAACUUUGAUGCUAUUGAGAUUCACUCCGCUUACGGAUAUUUAUUGCACCAGUUUCUAAGUCCUGUUAGCAACAAGAGAACGGAUCGGUAUGGAGGUAGUUUCGAGAACAGGACCAGACUACUUCUGGAAAUCUCCGAGGCAAUUCGUGCUAGCAUCCCGGAAACAAUGCCUCUAUUGGUCCGAAUUAGUGGGACUGAUUGGUUCGAGUUCAGCGACAACGAUGAAUUGAAGAAAGACUUUCCCGAGAGCUGGACAGUUGCUCAAUCGGUUCAGCUCGGGCCACUGUUAGCUGAACGUGGUGUUGACUUAUUAGACGUCAGCUCAGGUGGCAUCCACCCUAAGUCUGUUAGUGCUAUCAAACCGGGGCCAGGUUACCAAAUGCAUUUGGCCCAAGAAGUCAAGAAAGCCGUGGGCGACAAGCUAUUGAUAACGGCUGGCGGCGGGAUUAAAACGGGACCUCUGGCCGAGGAGGUGGUGCAAGCUGGCAUUGAUGCAGUGCAGAUUGGGCGCUGGUUCCAGCAGAACCCUGGCUUGGUUCAUGCUUUUGCUAAUGAGCUAGGAGUGACGGUGAGGAUGGCCACGCAAAUCGAUUGGAGCUUCAGAUAG